UAGAAAUUUCGUCAGUGUGUCAUGAGCAGCGUGCGAGGGUGGGUGAGAGCAGUUUGUGUUGGGAAGUGACCUCAGCAAGACCUCUGCAGCGCCGCCGGUGUGUUGAGCUUCCCGUGACCACUCCAGACCAGCGGACACCGGGGCAAGAUGUCGGUGAUCGGCAUUGACUUCGGCAACGACGGCUGUUACAUCGCCGUGGCCAGGCAGGGCGGCAUAGAAACCAUCGCCAAUGACUACAGUUUACGCACCACCCCAUCCUUCGUUGCCUUCGGGGAGAAGAACCGCGUUCUUGGCGUGGCGGCCAAGAACCAGAUGACCACAAACAUGAAAAACACCGUCCAUUGCUUCAAGAGGCUACUGGGACGCCACUACAGAGACCCCAAGAUUCAAUCUGAGAUUCAAACGCUGUCCUACCGUACCGUUGAGCUACCGGACAGAGGCACAGGCAUUGUGGUGCGCUACUUGAAUGAGGAACAGACCUUCACGCCUGUCCAGGUGACCGCCAUGCUCUUCACCAAGCUCAAACUCACAGCAGAGCAGGCACUUGGCAUCAAGGUCAAUGAUGUGGUCAUUGGGGUGCCGGUCUACUUCACAGAUGCUGAGCGAAGAGCUAUGCUGGAUGCGGCAGUCACCGCCGGCCUCAACGUGCUCCGCCUCCUUAAUGAGACCACCGCUACUGCCCUCUGUUAUGGUAUCUAUAAGCAGGACCUGCCAGCUCCUGAAGAAAAGCCCAGGAAUGUGGUGUUUGUGGACUGUGGGGCUGCCAGUCUUCAGGUGUCUGUAGUAGCAUUCAACAAGGGUAAGCUCAAGAUGCUGGCCACGUCAUCUGACCAUAAUCUUGGAGGGCGGGAUUUUGAUCGCCUCAUGGCUCAACACUUUGCCAAUGACUUCAAAUCAAGAUAUAAGAUUGAUGCCACCUCCAACCCACGGGCCUGGGUGCGCUUGUGCUCUGAGGUAGAGAAGUUGAAGAAGCAGAUGUCUGCCAACUCCACAGAUCUUCCCAUUAAUAUCGAGUGCUUCAUGGAUGACAAAGAUGUCACCGGUAAACUCAACAGAACUGCCAUGGAGGAGAUGGGUGCCCAUCUGCUGAAACGUGUUGAGCACACCCUUCAGCAGUGCCUCUCUGACUCCAACCUGAAGCUGGACGACAUCUCCAGUGUGGAGGUUGUUGGUGGCUCUACCCGCAUCCCAGCCAUCAAGCACCUCAUUGAGAAGGUGUUCAAGAAGGCUCCCUCCACCACCCUCAACCAGGAUGAGGCUGUGGCCCGAGGAUGUGCCCUCCAGUGUGCUAUGCUGUCCCCUGCCUUCAAGGUUCGGGAGUUCUCCAUAACAGAUGUGCAGCCAUACAGCAUCCAGUUGGUGUGGCAGGAUGAGUCUGGACAAGAAGCAGACAUGGAGGUCUUCCCAAAGAACCAUCAGGUCCCAUUCUCCAAGAUGCUGACCUUCUUCCGGAGGGAGCCCUUCACCCUCCAGGCCCAGUACAUGUCGCCCGCCACCUUCCCUGACCCCAUCAUUGGUCACUACACCAUUGAAAAUGUCGGCCCUGGACCAGAAGGAGAGUCCCAGAAGGUUAAGGUGAAGGUAAGAAUCAACCUCCAUGGGCUGUUCACUGUGGCCUCAGCAUCCCUCACGGAGAAAAAGGAAACCAUUGAGGAACCUCCAGAGACCAUGGAGACUGAAGAGAAGACAGACAAGGCUCCCGCCAAUGACGGCCCCAACGGCACCCAGGAGGCUCCAUCCGAGAACCAGACCCCACCUGAGGAGGGCACACAGCAGGAAAAGAUGGACACAGAAAAGUCAACAGAAACACCAGCACCAUCAAAGAAUGAAAAUGUGGAGAAGAAGGGAAAGAAGUGCCUCAAGACAGUGGAGCUGCCAGUGAAGGAGGUGGUGAAGGCCCACAAUGCUACUCAGCUCAACAACCUGGUGGAGCGUGAGGCCCAGAUGGUGCAGGCGGACAAACUGGAGAAUGAAAGAAUCAAUGCUAAGAAUGCUGUUGAAGAAUAUGUGUAUGAAAUUCGAGGAAAGAUCCACGAGGAGCUAGAACAAUUUAUUAGUGAAGCUGAUAGGGAUAAAUUGAGUCUCCAGCUGGAGGAUACAGAAAACUGGUUGUAUGAGGAGGGUGAAGACUGCAAGAAACAAAUCUAUUUGGACAAACUGGCAGAGUUGAAGAAACAAGGAGAACCAAUCAAGACUAGGAAACGAGAGCGUGAGACCCUUCCACGAGCAUUCGAGUCUCUGUCAGGCACCAUCCAAUUGGCACGCAAGGCCGUAGACCAGUUCAAGCAAGGAGAAGAGAAAUACAACCAUCUGGAUGCUGCUCAGGUGGAGAAGGUGGAGAAGGCUGUGGUGGAGAAGCAAGACUGGAUAGACAAACACCUUGGCUUGGUGAGUUCCACGGCCCUCCAUGCUGACCUGCCUAUCACCGCAUCGCAGGUCAUGUCAGAGAAGGGUUCCUUUGAUGCCCUAGUCAUUCCCAUCAUGAACAAGCCCAAGCCUAAGCCUAAGGUUGAGGAGCCACCACCAGCAGACAAGGAAGCAGGCAAAAAGCAGGAGGGAGAGCAAACCAAUGGCCCCAAACUGGAUGAGGAACAGCAGCAACAGCAGAGCCCAAAUAACCCUUCAGAACCAAUGGAUGUGGACUAGACCUGUACUGAGGACUAGCAAUCUCGCUUCUUGUCGGAACAGCUUCUUUACCAAUUCAUAAUAAACUUGGUAGCCCUUGAAUCAAAGGAUUUCUUUUACUUUUUGAAUCUCUUGGUCAUGGUGCAAGGAAGAGGCAAGACUGACAGACAGACAGACAGGGUGAUGCAGUUGGCUGCACUGAUGAGAAGGCACUUCCACUAUCCACUAACCUUUUUAUGAAGACUCACUUAAGGUCCACCAAAUGUAAUAGGUUAGUGAGUUUGUGUAUCAUUCUUUCAUGUCAAGUCGGUGAAGUCGGGUGACACUUAUUUAUACAUAUUUUUCAACCCCCCCAUAUAUAAGGAAUGCUUGUGAGGAGGUAGCAAUGAGAGGGUAAUCAUGUCACUGACUUGUGAUGUGUUGGUGUGUUAAGGCGCUGGUGAGGUACUGUGCCCCUUCUACUGAGUAGGAUUAUUAUAUGAGUAGUGUUUAGUUUUGAUUCUAGAUGGAGCACUUUACUGUCAAAACUGAUGAUCAUGAAUCGGUUCUAUACAGCAUAGGAAGCAUUAAUAGUUAUUGUAAAUAACCAGUCCCUCUGCUAAGUAGAUCUUAACUUCAUAUUGAAGUUUUUGAGUUGGAAGUACGACAACUUGUCAUUAAUCUAGCCUACAGCUUUAGUUAUUUUAGGUUUGAUAAUGCAAGUUGAGCUGUGAGACCAGAUUAUUGUCUCACACUACCAACAAUGACCAGUGGAAAUAUUCCUUAUUCUGAAUUAUAGGAUAUACCUGAUCAUGUGAUACAGGAAAAUGUCCUUUAGUCUGUUGAAGCAAUUGCCGUGCUGUUGGUGUGGCCUAGUUUGCUUGUUUGCGGCUAUGUGCCUCUCGCCCUACCACUGCAAUCAUUCCACUGUUUCUGCUUAUGUUGUUUGCUGGAUGUAUGAGUACAUAUUAAGAUUAAGUUUGCAAGGUGUGUUCUUUUCCUGACCACAUCACUGUAACCAUGACCAGGAACUUUCACGUCCCAUAAUAUACUAACUGCUGACCACACACCAUAACACUGUACCCAUGUGGAGGGGAUCAUCAGAAGUAAGUGCUUGGAAGCUGUAAUUAAACAAACCUUGUAAAAUGCCAUCAGACCCAAGUAAUUGGCUGGAGUAUGAGCUCUUAACACACACAAACAAGCAGCCAUUGGAAGUUUUGUUAGCUUUCUUUUAAUUAUUGACGUUUCAUAGACCUUCAGCAGCCUCACAGAAGCAAGCAAUGUGUGUACUUCAUGUGGCAGUGACCUGCGCUGAAAUACUUGGUGUCAACAGUUGGGUAGUAAGAUAGCAAGUUAAGUGUUGACCCGCUAUUUCUCCUGCACAUCACUGAAGCCUGUGAUAAAAUAAAGCAUACAAAGGAAA